AUUUCAUUGAUUAAUUGAUUGACUGAUUGGUUGGCUAUUUGAUUUAUUUAUUGUAUUAUUCAACAACAUUUUUGUGCCCGCAUCCGUAUUGAAUCCGUAACCGUUUCGUAACGUAUUUGAACCGCAUCCGCAUCCGCCAUAUGCAUUGCCAUUACAAUAAAACAACUACAACUACAACUACAACUACUCGUACAACACUCUUUCAACAUUUAUUUGAAAAAAUAAAUAACUAAAUGAACAACAAUAACUACAACAACAAUCCAAUAGUUACUGGACACCCUCCCGGUGUGCCAAGAUUUCAAUAGAUCUAUGUGCAGUCGGUUAAAUUGUAGAUUCGUUCAUUUAACUGAAGAUGACAAGGUUGAAGUAUGUGAUCAACGUGUGGCUGUGUGUCGCGAUCACGCCAACGGCCAAUGCAGACGUAAACAAUGUAAAUAUUAUCAUAUACCGAUUGUGUUGCCGCCGGCGAAUGUUAUGGCUGCCUACGUCAAUACAAAUAGCAGCAGCAGCAACAUCAACAACAACAACAAUAACAAUAAUUUACAUAGCAACAGUAGCAGCAGCAGCAGCAGCAGUAGUAGCUGCAGCAAUGCAAGCAAUCACAGCAGCAACAACAGUUACAACAACAGCCAGAACAAUCAAGUGCAUACAAUCACCCAACAACAACAACAUCAGCAGCAACAAAAGCAAGCACAUGAACAAUACCAACAGCAUGCCAAGUCGGUAGCAGCUGCAGCAGCAGCCGCCGCCACCGCCGCAGCAACAACGCCCGGCAUUGCCACCAACUACAAUAACAAUUUGAUAAUAAUCGAACCACAACAGCAGCACCACCAGCUACAUCAACAACAAUCACAAUACAACUAUCAUCACAACAACAAUUACAUUUCCGCUCACUACAGCCCUAGCAACGGCAGCAGCAACACCGCGAAGCAUGCCACACACGCCAUCUACCAUCACCAACAACAGCAGCCAGCCGCCUUUCAUCUGCCCCACUUCACCUGCCAUUCGCCCUACUCGCCCUCCUCUGCAUCCUCAUCUUCGUCCUGCUCGAUCGCCACCUCGCCGCCCGUAGCGCUCACCUCAGCCACAUCGACGCUGCCGACCACCUCCACCGUUACCAUACCCACAGCGAUUGCCACCGUGCCAGCGCCACCACCACCAACUGCCUGCACUGCUGGUGGUUACCUAAAGGCGGCGCCAUCGCAGCUCACGGCAUACGCCAACACCGCGGCUGGCAGUGGCGCCUACGAAUUGACACCGGGUACACCUACUUUGUUGCUCAGCAGCGACUACAAUUCGAAUUGCAUUCCAAUUUUGACAGCAGCGCAGCAACAGCAACACCAACAACUGCAACAACAACAACCACCACAGCCGGCGCCUAUAGCCGCCGCCACAGCAGCGCAGUACAUUUACCCGACGCAUCACCAGCAGCAAAGCGCCGCAGCAGUGCAGCAACAUUUGAUGAAGUACGCAGCAGCAGCAGCCGCCGCAGCGCAACAACAACAAUUCCACUAUGCAGCAGCGCCGCAAAUGUUAACUGCCGCCGCGCCACAACAUAUGCUUGCCGCUGCGGUUACAACAGCGGGCACAGCGCCGCAUACACAUGUGCUGAGUGGCGGAGCAGCAACAGCAGCGGGCGCGGCAACUACAACUACACCGCUAGCGGUAGCAACAACAACGGCUGCUGCUGCAGCCACGGCGUUGGGCGGUUGCAUAUGAAAUGCGCAAUUUAACGGAUACAGCAGCGGUAGCGGCAACAGCAACAACUACCAGCAGCAGCAGCAGCUGCAAUAUCAGCACUUGUGGCAACAACAACAGCAAGCACUGCACUACCAAUGGCAGCAGCAACAGCAACACAUCAUUAUCAUUGGCAGCAAUGGCAACGCUUAGGUGCGUAAAUGUCGAGCGGCAGCUAAGCGCGCAGCAUAAAAACGCAAGCGCGCGUACUGGCAUAUAAUUUGCGAAUGGCAUACAACCACAGCACGGGCGUACGACGUAAGUUGCUAGCAACAUUUACAAUUUACACUCGAAUAUAUUAGCAUUAAGCACCAAAUGACCAUUUCUAUGAAUGUAACUGAAGCGCAGCUAAAUUCGCUGGCAACCGCGCGGUGCAUCGGAAAGAGGUUUUAAUUUUCAUAAGUUUUAUGCACUCAAUUUGUUAAGUAUUUAAUUUUUAUUGUUUUGUUUUGUUAUUUAAAAAAGAAAUCGUUUUAUUAUAUUCUCAUUGUUUAUAAGCAUAUUGAGUCGAUAUCGACUAGCGAUUAAGCAGUACGACAUAACUACUUACGUGCUCUUUUGUGUGAAAGUGUAAAACAUAGUAGGUGUACAGUUUUAGUAUUUGCGAUCUAAUACAAGCAGAGAUAUAUUAAAUAAUAUACACGAAAUACUCCUUUUUUAAACAGUUUUGAUGUGUUAUUUAUUUACUGGCAUCUUUUAUAUAUUUUUUUUAUUUUGGCGAACGAAGCGUUAAUCGAUACUAGAGUGAAUGUUAUGAGCUCAUAAUUUAAAAUUCAAAAAUUAAUUGACGAGUUUUGAAGGAUAUUUAG